AUUCAUUCCCACCCUUCCGCCCCAGCUCCCCUUGUGCUCCCCACUCGGGGCCCUUCCGGGGUCCGUAAAGCCCGAGCGAGGCGGACUAAGGUACUGUAGCCACCACCGCCGCCACAGCUGCCUUACAGCUGUAUCUACCUUGCUUGAUAAAUCCUCAACUCACACAUCGAAAUCUCCCACGAACCCCCUCGUCGUCAUCCAAGAUCAUCACCAUCACCACGGACGCCAGCCAGCAUCUCUCCGCAUGGCCGGCGCAUCGCCAUCCUCACCUCGGUCAUAGCGUUCGCGUGCUUUCUUUCUUCCUUCCUUUCAUUCCGUCUCUGCUUCGCUUCGCUUCCCCGUCAUCACCAUCUCCCCGUGGCACACGAAUCGCUCGCUUCCUGCCGCCCCCCCCCCCCCCCCCCCCCCCCCCCCCCCCCCCCCCCCCCCCCCCCCCCCCCCCUUCUCCCUUCUUUUACAUCCUCCAUUGCUCAUGGCGUUCGACACGAGGACGCGGCCGUGGAUCCGCGUCCUCACCCUCGCCAUCGUCCUCGUCCUCCUCUGCGGCGCCGCCCACGCCUCCAUCGGCGACCGCCUCCCCGAGUUUAAGCGAUGCCUCGAGGUCUGCAAGGCUGAGAACUGCGGUUCCGGCAAGGACCACACCCCGAUCCCCCUCCGCCGCCGCCUCCUCUUCUGGACCUGCGCCUCGGAAUGCGACUACACGUGCCAGCACAUCGUCACCAACACCCGCGUCGCCUCCUCCCAGUCCGUCGUCCAGUUCCACGGCAAGUGGCCCUUCCAUCGCUUCCUCGGCAUGCAGGAGCCCUUCUCCGUCCUCUUCUCCCUCGGCAACCUCGCCGCCCACUGGGACGGCCUCGCCAAGGUCCGCGCCCGCAUCCCCGCCUCGUACCCUCUCCGCCCCUGGUACGUCUGGCUCGCCCGCGUCGGCAUCGCCUCGUGGGUCUUCAGCGCAGUCUUCCACACCCGCGACUUCCAGGCCACCGAGGAGCUCGACUACUUCGCCGCCGGCGCCAACGUCCUCUACGGCAUGUACUACACCCCCAUCCGCGUCUUCCGCCUCGACCGCGGCACCCCGCGCCGCCGCUCCCUCCUCCGCGUCUGGUCCCUCCUCUGUGCCGUCAUCUACCUCUGCCACGUCGCCUACCUCAAGCUCGUCCGCUGGGACUACACCUACAACAUGGCCGCCAACGUCGCCGCCGGCGUCGUCCAGAACAUCCUCUGGAGCUGGUUCAGCUACGAACGCUACCGCACCUCGCGCCGCACCUGGGCCAUCUGGCCCGGUCUCGUCGUCGCCUGGGUCAUGUUCGCCAUGAGCAUGGAGCUCUUUGACUUUCCACCCUGGCUCGGCUGCAUCGACGCGCACUGCCUGUGGCACCUCAUGACCAUUGGGCCAACGGUGCUGUGGUACAACUUCCUCGUCAAGGACGCCAACGACGACAUUGCCGGGACGGAGCGCCUGAAAGCUUGAUGAGAUAGAAUGUUACGUGUAUAUACCAAGCACAGCUGAUUACACAAGGCGCCAUUUUUGCCCCUUGGGCCACGACUGCCACGCCAUCUGUCUACAUUUUGAUAACGCUUUAGGCAUCAUGCAGCACAAACAUUGAAGCCUCGCAUUCAGGUCCAAGCAACCACCCAUCCCAACCCUCGCGCCGCAGCGACAUGUUCGCAAACAAACAGCCAAACGCCACAUGAGUCAACCAAGAUAUUCUCGCGCCGCGCACAGUAC